AAUAUAUAUAGUGAUAAUAAGUAAAUGUAUAUUUUCUCUUAGCUGUAAAACAUUAUUAUAUAUAAAGUAAAAUAUGUUGAAAUGUGAGACCCUAUAUAUAUACUAUCUCUAACACUUAGAAAAAUUGUUUUGGUCAAACAGAAUUAUGAUGUAUUGUAAUCAUAUUAUUCCAUAGUUAGCUUAAGUUUUCUGAACCCAUAAAUUCAAAGAGAUAUUUAAAAAAUUAUUAGAUUGGCUGAAAUAAAAAAAAAAACAAAAUCCUUGCAUGGGAACGUACAAUACUACAAUUCAUGUUCUAAGAAAGGGAAUUUAAACACCAAUAGACCAUAUGUGUCCUAAUAAAAGUUGAUGAAUUACUUCGACGAGAAAUACUCGCAGUUGAGUCUGUUACCUUCAAACAAAUGGCAAGAAAAGAAAGGAAAAAAAACAGAAGAAGAAUCAUGUUUCUUUGUUUUUAUUCAUAUAGAUCCGAAGAAUUCUCAGUCUAAUCUCAUUACCAUCUCCAAUGGAAAAAGAAGAAAAGAAAACAAGACCAACCAUGCCAUACUUUAACUAACUGCCAGGAAACAAGAACAAUCUUACAGCGACCAAACAUGUCAAGACUGUCACAGCCAGGCUUUAGAAAGACUCUGAUAUGGUUAUUUUUCAUUAUUGCAACGCUUUCCCUCAUCUACUCUUCUCACCUUCUCAUAAUUAAGGAUCGCCAAUGUAUUAUUACACAUGAAGAAAACCUUGACUUCCUCAACAAUAAGACCACAUCAAUCCACCUCGAUGAUAAAAAACAAGAACGAGAAGAAGAGCGAGAUUCUUUACAGCCCAUUCUACUGCCCCAAAGAUCGCAGUCUUACAAUACAGAGCUGAAGCACAUUGUUUUUGGGAUCGCAGCUUCUGCGAAUCUAUGGGAAAAAAGAAAAGAGUAUGUGAAGAUAUGGUGGAGGCCCAGAGAGACUAGAGGAAUAGUUUGGAUGGACAGAAGGGUAAGGAGUAGAAGAAAUGACGGUUUGCCUGAGAUAAGAGUUUCUGCAGAUACCUCAAGGUUCAAGUACUCUAACAGGCAAGGACAUAGAUCUGCCAUAAGGAUUUCAAGGGUUGUUUCUGAGACAUUGAGGCUUGGUUUGAAGGAUGUGCGGUGGUUUGUUAUGGGAGAUGAUGAUACAGUGUUCAUUGUCGAAAAUGUGGUGAGAAUACUUUCCAAAUAUGAUCACAGGCAAUUCUAUUAUGUCGGUAGCUCAUCGGAAAGUCAUCUUCAGAAUAUAUAUUUUUCUUAUGCUAUGGCCUAUGGAGGUGGUGGAUUCGCAAUAAGCUACCCUUUGGCGCAGCAAUUGGCUAAGAUGCAAGACAAGUGCAUUCAAAGAUAUCCUGGAUUGUAUGGCAGUGAUGAUAGAAUCCAGGCCUGUAUGUCUGAGCUUGGUGUGCCACUCACCAAGGAACCUGGAUUUCAUCAGUAUGAUGUUUAUGGAGACCUCUUAGGCCUUCUUGGAGCUCAUCCUGUGACGCCAUUGGCAUCCCUUCAUCACCUAGAUGUAGUCCAACCAGUAUUCCCACGAAUGACCAGAGUUAAGGCCCUCCAACAUCUAUUCCAAUCAGUCAGGCUUGACUCGGGCAGCAUAAUGCAGCAAUCCAUCUGCUACGACAAGAAAAGAUACUGGUCAAUCUCAGUUUCAUGGGGCUUUGUUGUUCAGAUCUGGAGGGGAGUGAUUUCUCCCCGAGAACUUGAGACGCCCACUAGAACCUUUCUUAAUUGGUACCGAAAGGCUGAUUACACCGCAUAUGCAUUCAACACAAGGCCUGUGACUAAGCAUCCAUGUCUGAAGCCUUUUAUUUUUUACAUGAGCGCCACUAAAUACGAUAGAGCAAAGAAGCAUAUAGUCAGUGUUUACAAUCGCCACAAAUCUCGAGCUCCUUACUGCCGGUGGAGGAUGGCUUCCCCAGAAAAAAUCAACUCAGUCGUAGUAUUGAAGAGGCCGGAUAUUCUUCGGUGGCAGCGGUCGCCCAGAAGAGAUUGCUCCAGAGUCCUGCCAUCAAACAGGUCCUCAACUCUGUACUUGUGGGUAGGCGAUUGCCGAGAGGGUGAGAUUAGUGAAUUGUAGCAGCAAUAAGGAACCUGAAGUGCUUUUCCUAUGAUGUUAUCUUCUUUCCCAAGAAAAGAUUGCUUCCAAUGCAGACAGGAAUAGGAAAAAAAAAAAAAGAAAAAGAAUCAAAUUCAAGGGUGUCAAAUGGAAAUAGACUCAGAAGAUCAAUUUUAUUGGCUUUUGCAAAACAAGAAAGCUCACACUGCAGAUUUUCAAUCUAUAUCACUGAUCAAGGACUUGCCUACGACUUCUCAUUCCUUGAUUUAUCUCAUCUAUGUAAAUUUGAUACAAGCUCAACAGCAAUCAUAGUUUUCUUUACAGAUUGUACCCUGUUACUCCUGAUAGAGAAGAACUAUCUAGUUUUACAUUUACAUGGAACAAACAAAUCCUGCUUUCUUCUCCAAUCAAACUAUUGAAGUUCACUUU